AUGACCUUCCUACAUGAUUUCAUUGAAAACGGCAAUGCUGUUCCUUUCACGGCGUAUUCUCACCCACCUACUGUCACAUUGCCACGUCUAAAGGGCAUAACAACAGGGCAAAUUCCUAGCUUUGUUGACGCGAUCCUUAAUAUAGCUGAUGGAAGCGACGGAUCGCAAGCUCUUACCCAAACAGACUCGUGGAUUAGCCAGCUUCGCAGAAAAUCGAAGAACAAGAUAAUCAACUUCUUUGGGGACGAUACAUGGUUAAGAUUGUUCCCUGCUGAGCAGUAUUUUAACCAAAGUGAAGGAACGAGCCUGUUUUUUGUUAAUGACUUUACAGAAGUGGAUAGAAAUGUUACAAGACAUCUCGAUGCCCAAUUGAAACAGCCUUUUGACGCUCUCAUCUUGCAUUACUUAGGUCUCGAUCAUAUCGGGCACACUGGGGGGCCAAUGUCUGUGCAUAUGAAACCAAAGCAGCAAGAAAUGGAUGGGAUUUUGAAGAAGUUAUACGAUUCAAUCGAUGAUGAGCAAACCCUUAUUGUCCUUAUGGGCGACCAUGGAAUGAAUGAAGUUGGAAACCAUGGUGGCUCUUCAGAAGGAGAGACAAGUCCCGGUCUUGUCCUCGUAUCCCCAAAGUUCAAAAAAUUGCAAGUAAAUCCGGUAGGGUAUCGAGCUUCGCACAAACCUGAUGAUUUCACCUUUUAUUCUAGAAUUGAUCAGAUUGACAUCGUGCCUACUCUUUCGGCGCUUUUGAAUAUCCCAAUUCCUAAAAAUAGCGUUGGAGUCAUGGUCCCUCAGGUUCUCCAAUGUUGGUCUGAUGAACAACAAAGGAAGAAAGUGCUCUUGGAGAACUGCGAGCAAAUGUUCCAUCUUUUUCAGGCCCUGCAUCCCUCCAAAGCUACAAAAUUUGUCGAUCAAAUCAUUCAACUUAGAAAGUUGGAGGGUAUCCAAAUUAGUGAUUAUUGGGAUUUCCUCAAAUCACUCAAAGAUAUUAUGGUUCAAAAUUCAACAAACUAUUCCCUUGAGUUGAUGUACUCUGGCUUUGGGAUCACACUCCUUUCGGGACUUGUUCUAUGCAAUUUACUUCUUAGAAGAGCAACGCAUGAAAGGGGCAGUUUGAUCCAUUGCUGCUUCUACGUCGGCUUAAUAGUUUCGUACUGCGCCCUUUUGCAUGCCUCUUCUCUUAUUGAGGAGGAGCAUCAAUUUUGGUGGUUCACGACUGUAUUGGCGGUUUUCUUGAUGGGAUUAGAUAGUCAUUCAUCCUGGAGAGUGGCGUUGGGCUGUCUCUUUUUACUAAGAGUCAUAAGGUCUUGGAGCACGAUGGGUCAAAAAUUUAGGCUGGCAAAGACCUUGUCUGAUGUAUUGACAGAGACCCCUUUGGUACUUUGGAUAUUCGUGUUCGUUACUGUGUACGGUAUUGCCAUUAUCAACGGACGAAAAGAAGCGCACAAGCGCUUUCACUUCAUCAUCGGAUUUUUGUUGGAAAUGGUGAUGAGCUCACUUACCAUUUUUCUCAAGGUAUUGCAGACGAAAAUUGACGGUAAGUCCCUCCCUUCAAUCUGUAAUUGGAUGGUCAUUUCCUAUGAAGACACAAUGGACCCUUUAUUGGAGAUGCGUGCAGCAGCGACCUUGGUGUCACAACUAUUUUACUUGGCAUUCGUGACUUCUUGCCUUUGGCGGGUGAGCGAGAGAAGCUCGUUGAAGUCCACGAGGGUUAGCCUUCUCCUAGUGCAUGUCUUCUUGCAUCAGUCUAGGCUUGAAAAUAUUCCUUUAUUUUUGGUUUUCGGAGCUUUGGAGUCUUUGCUAUCGAGAUCAUCCGCGCUCAAGAGCUCAGAGUUUUUACUUACAGCCAUCAUGCUUUGCAUCCAAAACCUCUCGUUUUUCGGCAUUGGGAACACUAAUCUGAUAGCGACAGUAGACCUUUCAAAUGCCUACAACGGUCUCAGCUCAUACAAGAUCUCCCUCGUUGGCAUUCUUACUUUUAUUUCAAAUUUUGCUCCUUCAUUGCAUUGGUACCUAGCGUGGUUUCGGUUGGCAGAAAGCAGCGGAACAGACAUUCGCCGCAACAUUUGGGCCAGAAAUUUACUCGUCUUUACCUUCUAUGUUACAUCUCAAGCAAGCUUGUUGGCCUCAUGCAUCAAUUUAAGAUACCAUCUAUUUAUUUGGUCAGUAUUCUGCCCGAAAGUGCUUUAUUUUGCAGCCUGGUUUGUACUAGUUGAAUUAGGAUUCAAUGUUGCGAUAUGGCAGAAUCUUGUUUUGUUCAACACGCCAAAGCAGCAGAUGAAGCCAUAG